GCUCGCUCGCAGGCGCCGCCGCGCCGCAGUCCUCAGUGAGCGGCGCCCGGGCUCGCAGGUCCCCGCCGCGACGCGCCACCGUCCUGGUCCCCGCCCGCGCCUCCCCCCGCUUCGCAAUGAGGGUCCUGGGUGGGCGCUGCGGGGCGCUACUGGCGUGCCUCAUCCUAGUGCUCCCAGUCUCCGAGGCAAACUUUUUGUCAAAGCAGCAUGCUUCACAACUCCUGGUUAGGAAACGCCGUGCAAAUUCUAUGUUUGAGGAAACCAAAAAGGGUAAUCUUGAAAGAGAAUGCAUUGAAGAAUUGUGCAAUAAAGAAGAAGCCAGGGAGGUCUUUGAAAAUGACCCUGAAACGGAUUAUUUUUAUCCAAAAUACUUAGGUUGUCUUGGCUCUUUCCGAGCUGGAUUGUUCACUGCUGCACGUCAGUCCACUGAUGCUCACCCUGAUCUCAGGAGCUGUGUCACUGCCAUUCCAGACCAAUGUAGUCCUCUGCCAUGCAAUGAAGAUGGAUAUAAGAGCUGCAGAGAUGGUCAAGCUAGAUUCACUUGCAUUUGUAAAUCAGGUUGGCAAGGAGACAAGUGUGAAUAUGAUAUAAAUGAAUGCAAAGAUCCCUCAAAUGUAAAUGGAGGUUGCAGCCAGAUAUGUGAUAAUACACCUGGAAGUUACCACUGUUCCUGUAAAAGUGGUUUUUUUAUGCUUUUAAAUAAAAAGGACUGCAAAGAUGUGGAUGAAUGCUCUGUGAUGCCAGACAUUUGUGGCACAGCUGUGUGCAAGAACAUCCCAGGAGACUUUGAAUGCGAAUGUGCUGAAGGCUACAGAUACAAUCCCAUAUUAAAGUCUUGUGGAGAUGUGGACGAAUGCUCUGAGAACAUGUGUGCUCAACUUUGUGUCAAUUACCCUGGAGGUUACUCUUGUUAUUGUGAUGGGAAAAAAGGAUUCAAACUUGCCCAAGAUCACAAGAGCUGUGAGGCUGUUCCAGUGUGCCUUCCCUUGAACCUUGACAAAAAUUAUGAAUUACUUUACUUGGCAGAGCAAUUUGUAGGCGUGGCUUUAUAUUUAAAAUUUCGUUUGCCGGAAAUCACCAGAUUUUCAGCCGAAUUUGAUUUCCGGACAUAUGAUUCAGAAGGUGUUAUCCUGUAUGCAGAAUCUCUUGACCGCUCAGCUUGGUUCCUGAUUGCACUUCGUGAUGGAAGGAUUGAAAUUCAGUUUAAGAAUGAAUUUACAACCAAAAUCACAACUGGAGGCAAAGUUAUUAAUGACGGUCAAUGGAAUAUGGUCUCUGUGGAAGAACUAGAACACAGUAUUAGUGUAAAAAUAGCUAAAGAAGCUGUAAUGAAUAUAAAUAAACCCGAAAGCCUUUUUAAGCCUACAAAUGGAUUUCUAGAAACGAAAGUAUAUUUUGCAGGAUUACCUCGGAAAAUGGAGAAUGCCCUCAUUAGACCGAUAACCCCUCGUCUAGAUGGAUGUAUACGAGGCUGGAAUUUGAUGGAUCAAGGAGCUUCAGGAAUAAAUGAAAUUAUUCAAGAAAAACAAAGUAAGCAUUGUUUUGUCACUGUGGAGAAGGGUUCCUACUAUCCUGGUUCUGGUGUUGCUCAAUUUAGCAUAGAUUAUGGUAAUAUAUCCAAUGCUGAGGACUGGCAAGUAAAUGUGUCCUUGAACAUUCGCCCAUCCACGGGCACUGGCGUUAUGUUCGCCUUGGUUUCUGGUAAUACUGUGCCCUUUGCCUUGUCCUUGGUAGACUCUGCCUCUGAAAAGCUUCAGUUUACAGAUAUUCCAUUCAGUGCCACACCAGUGAAUGCCUUUUAUAAUGGCUGUAUGGAAGUGAACAUUAAUGGUGUUCAGUUGGAUCUGGAUGAAGCCGUUUCUAAGCAUAACGAUAUCAGAGCUCACUCAUGUCCAUCAGUUUCAAAAAGCACAGAGAAUUCUUAAGGCUUCUUUCCUGUACUGAUAAUACAUUUUUCCUGUAUGUAAUUAUGUUUCAAUAAUAGCUGAAGGGUUUUUCCCUGCAAUGUACAGACCUUGAUUUUUUAUGGUACUUUGGCUUUCCUGGAAUUUUAAAAAAGGUCCUUUUUCAAGAAGAACAAGAUCCUCUUGUGGUACAAAUCACAUUUAAAAAUUCUUACCUCUAAUGCUGCCUAGAAAUUAAAUAAUGAAAUAUAUAAACAUUUCUAAUUUGAAUUUUUUGCUACAAAUGACAUUACUUCAUUAAAAGUAAAAUUUAA